AUGCUUUCUUGGUUAUUAAAUGGACCUCUUACACUUCUCUUUGUUUUGUCAGGCAUUGUACUUAAUGCUUUAUGUGUACUCGUUUUUGUAAGGCUUAGAAAUGCUGGGAGUUGUUCACCUCCAAUAAUACAUUAUUAUUUAAUUUCCUUAGCCUGUUGGCAUUCAGCACUUUUAUGUAAUGCUUUUGUCCUUUAUUGUUUACCAACUUUACUUUGGGGAUCAGUUAUAUCUACAGGCCCUUAUGUCCAUUUAUAUCCACCAACAUAUAUGUUAGCUAAUGCUACACACACUGGGACUGUUUGGAUUGUAUUAGCUUUAACACUUGAUCGUUAUUUGGCACUUUGUAUGCCAUUCAAACAUCGAAUUUUUAGUAAAAGAAGCCGAGUAAAACGUUUGGUUGUUGGUUUAUCUAUUCUUGCCAUUCUCUUUUCUUUACCACGAUUUUUUGAAGUUGCCACAGCUGUAGAAUGUAUUAAUACUUCAAAACCACAAUUCCCAACAACAACAAAAAUACCUCAAUUAAUUAAUAAUUCUUUAAUUAAUUCUUCCUCUUCAAUUUCUUCUUUAAUUUUAUCUUCCCCCACUCAUUCUUCCUCUUCUUCUCCAAUAAUUAUUGAAUGUAUUUCUUAUGUACAAAGAACUGGAUUACCUCAAAACCAACUUUAUCGAAGUUUUUAUCAUAUUUUGUUAGGCUCAACAUUUGUUACUAUUUUGCCUGGUCUUUUAACAUUUAUUUUAACUCUACGAAUUACUAUUGCAUUGGGAGAAGCACAACGUUCACGUAAACGUUUAAGUAGUCAUUGUGAACAACAAUUAUUACGUUGUUCCUCAACAAAUAAUGAAUAUAAAAAUAUUAUUAAAAAUUGUUAUAAUGCUGAAAAUAGUGAAUAUGGGGGUAAAGAAGAAGAAAAAUCAACAAAUAAUUUAUUUAAUGAAAAACAGCAACAUAAAAUGAUGCUUUUAGGGGGACAAAAAAAUGGAAAUAUUUACAAAAAGAAUAAUUCAAUUAGAGGGAAGGAACAUCGGGCUAAUGUACUUAUUGUGGUUAUUAUCGUUAAAUUUUUAAUUUCUGAUAUUUUACCGACAGUUUUGGAUGUUUUUGAGACAUUUAUUGGAAACGAAGCAUUUAUGUCUAGUCCAAUGGCUACUUUAUGUGUUGAUUUUUCGAAUAUGUUAUUAGUUUUGAAUUGUUCAACAAAUUUUUGGGUUUUUAUUUUUUAUGUUAGAGGAUUUCGUAAUCGUUGUGCUAGACUUUUAACUUUGCCAAUAAAAUUAUCUCCAACACCCACAACAAUUAUAGCUGAUGGAAAUGAAAGUGCAAGUUGUGGGGUUAUUUCACCUCGAAUAACUCCCCAAUGUUCGGCAACAACAACGGGAACAUUGGCUAUAAACGGGGGCGGGACAACAACAAUUAAUACAAAUCAACAAUCUGAAAAUUCUUUUAAAAACGGCCUUCAUAUUAGAGAUUCUUCUUCAAUUUCUCCCAAACAACCAUCUCAUUCUAAUCGUUUUAAUAGUAUUAAUGGUUGUUCAUUAAAUACAAACAAAAUAAUUAAUGGAAAUUUAAAUUCAAUAGAAAAACAAAAACAAAUAAAUUUAUUAAAAAGGAGAGCUUGUUCUUUAGCUAUUGAACAACAAAAUAAUAACAAAAUAUCCACUAAUUUAUCUAUAUUACCUCAAGCACAACAAAAUAAUAUUUAUUUAUCUCAACAACCUUUAGCUAUUAUUUCACAACAAAUAUAA